AGAGCGUGUGGCAUGCAUUUUUUGACCGACAUGUGGAAUUUCAAAACUCGGCGUUAUUGUGCAAAAUAUUUUCAACUUCAACUAGUGUUCCGCGAUAAAUAUCAACACAACAACAUCAAACAACAACAUUUUCUGUAAAUCAUCUACAUUCUUGAAAUCAGUUAAAAAGUGUUUAAAAAUACUAUAAAACAUCAUAAACAACUUGUAAAAGACAUGCACCAAAACUCCAAAACUUCAAGAUAGUGUCAUUAAAAUAAGAAAUUCCCUCUUAUAAAAAAGUUUCGCAACUUACGAAGUUCUUCCUGUUAAUUUAAAUAAUGUUCGACGUUUUUGUUUACCAAUUUAUGAAAACUAAUAUUAAAAUUGUUAUGUAAAUAAUUAAGAAAACACAAUUUGUGUGUCUUUUGUGAUAAAUUCUGUUGAUUUAUUGAACAUUAAGUUAAUCGAGAACACCAUGAAAUCGACAAUACCAUCUACUGUUUGCUGAUGAUCGGUGAUUGGAACGCGUCUUCAACAAUGCAUCUAACCAACACUCCUUCCGGUACUGGAGGUACCACCUCCACUCCAGAAGGAAACACUAGCUUGAUACAGGACACUUACACCAAAAUGACCAGUGAUAUUCUCGCCGAAAGGACAUUAAACGACUUUUUGAGUGAACAUCCCGGGGAGCUGAUUCGGACGGGUAGUCCAUUGUUUGUUUGUACGGUUCUACCGCCUCAUUGGAGGUCCAACAAGACUCUUCCUGUGGCAUUCAAAGUGGUUGCUUUGGGGGACAUUGGAGAUGGGACUGUGGUGACUGUGAAAGCCGGGAAUGACGAGAAUUAUUGUGCGGAGUUGAGGAACUGUACGGCUGUUAUGAAGAAUCAAGUUGCGAAGUUUAAUGAUCUUAGGUUUGUGGGAAGAAGUGGACGAGGAAAGAGCUUUACGUUAACAAUAAUGGUAUCUUCUAGUCCGCCCCAAGUCGCUACGUAUAACAAAGCUAUCAAAGUAACAGUGGACGGGCCGAGAGAACCAAGGUCGAAAACAAGUGAGAUGCAUAUGCUCUCUCUUCUAGGACAACAACAACAAUUUCACUUUGCCUUUGGCCAGAGGCCGUUUCCGUUUGCUGCCUCCGAUCCCUUAUCAGGAUUUAGAAUGCCGCCAAUAGGUAACUGCAACAAUAUGCCUCAGUUUGGUUUAAGUAGUACAAACUCCCAUUGGGGCUACAGUACGGCGGGUGCAUACUCCUCCUACUUUACACCAGGAGCCUUAGGUUCCUGUGCUGCACCAACGUCUCAGUUCAACACUCCUGCCCUUGGUUUUUCUGGAAGUACACCCGAUCAGUCGUCCACACAAGAUGCCUUUACCACAAGUUCUGCAGUUAGUUCAUUAAUACCAGAAGCUUCAACAACAGAUCUAGACCAGCAUCUUGGUUUAGUGUCAGCACAAAACCACACCAAUCACUCACACUCUUCGUCACAUACAUCUUCCCUUCUCGUACCUCGAUAUUCGAGUAACCAUACUGACUUCACCUUAUCAGGUCCUAGAUCUUUAUCAGACAACUCGAGUGCAGCCGAAAGUCCCGUCCAAGAUGAUCUUCUGAAUACCCAAAGUACUCUAGGAGUGAACCACGUAAACAACAGUUCCAACUUCCUGCACCAAAACAUGUCGCAGAGCUCGUACUCUACUAGUAAUUGUAAUAACUCUAUCUAUCCCGUUUUACCUGGUUUAUUGUACUCGCAGUUAUAUUCAGCGGCCAAUCAGUCCCAUAACUUUCACUCUUUACACACGCACACAACCCACGCCCAACACAACGACCUCCAAAGCGUGAUGGACCAUCUGUCAACCAGUAACCAGCGGCAAAUGGUUAACGGUACUACCGAUUUGCUUCUCAGCAACAACGGGACAUGCGCAGCUGCCGCGGCGCGACAAGAUGAUGGCCACAACAGGGGUUUGAGCAGCAAUGGUUCACAGAGAGGUCCUGGACAAAACGGAGAUGCCGUUGUAUGGAGACCCUAUUAGUUAUGUUGUAGUAAAUAUGUUUUCUUGAAAGACUGAAUUUUUAGACUGUUGAUCAUUUGGAUAAUGUCAAUAUUCACAUAGAAUAGAAGCUUGGUGUGGGUCUACAUUAUUGCUGCAUUAAAGAAGAAAUCUUUAAAUUACAAACUCAUUCUGGCUCUAAAGUUGCUUCAUGAUCAUCCAGCCUUCUGCAUCCAAAGUUGAACAUAGGCCCUUCCCUAAUUUCUUCCAGUUUUGUCGAUCUUGGGCUUUCUGCAACCAAUUCCCAGCAAUCUUUUGACGUCGUCUGUCCAUCGUGUAGGUGGUCUACCUCUACUUCUUCUGUCUUUUCUUGGUCUCCACACUGUAAUUUUUUAGGUCCACCUCCCGUCCUUCAUUCUGGCUACAUGGCCCACCCAACUCCACUUCAGCCAUGCUACUCGCUCUAUGACAUCUGUGACGCCUGUCCUUCUUCUGAUUUCUUCGUUUCUGACCCUGCCUCUGAGAGUCAGUCCAAGUAGUGACCAUUCUAUUCUUCUUUGGGCCACUCUAAGUUUCGUUGUUGGGGCCUGGGUUAACGAUAAUGUUUCGGCGCCGUAAGUCAUGACUGGAAGCACACAUUGGUUGAACGUCUUUCUUUUCAAAUAAUUUGGCAAGUUGCUCUUGAAGAUGUCUGAUAGAGCUCCAUAUGCGGCUCAUGCUAAGGUGAUCCUUCUCUGUAAUUUGGCAGUUUGAUUGUCCCUGGCAAUUUGGAUUUCAUGCCCUAAGUAUUUAUAUUUAUGGACCAAUGCUAUUUCGUUGACGUCGACUUUUGGAUUUUCGUUUGGUACCAGGUUCGUCAUGUAUUGUGUAAUGCGUAAAGUUGCUUAAGAGUAAUUUAUUUACUCUAACAACCUUCGAUACAUUUUUUUGCAUUCGUUUGAUCAUAGUAAGCACUAUAGAGAUCUAUUUUCAUAUCAAUUCAAAUAUGAAAUUUAUUUUCUUAAUAUUUUUCAUAUUUAAGCAAAUUUUUACCUUCGUUGUAAAAAAUAGUAAAUUAUACCUCAAUAUUGGCUUUUCAGCACUUUGUUUAGAGUCAUUUUUAUAAAAAUAACAUAAUGAACCUUUCACUUUUCACCUUUCACCGAUCUAUGUGGUAUUAUAGUAUUACUAUUUACAUAAGAGAGUCUUUAAUAUUCAAUUCAGCUGGAUGCUCUUGUUCAAGGUGUAAAUUUAUAUAAACAAGGGAUCAUCAUAAAACCAAGUGUAAAUUCAAAGAGGAGUCAGACAGGGAUGCGUGCUCUCGCCACAAUUAUUCAAUGUGUACUCCUCACUAAUAUUUCAGGAGGCACUAUGGGAAAGAAUUGAAGGUGUAAGGAUUGGAGAAAGCAUCAUUAAUAACAUAAGAUUUGCAGACAAUACCGCACUCGUGGUAGAGAAUAUAGACGAUUUACAAAUUCUCCUAGAUAUCAUUAACAAAGAAAGCAAAAAGAUGGGACUAACAAUGAAUAUAAAUAAAACCAAAUUCAUGGUGAUCUCAAGAAACCCUGUUGACAACAUACAUCUGACAUUGGAGGGUAAACCGAGAGAAAGGGUCGAGAAAUAAAAAUACCUAGGAGCAAUAAUUAUAAACUCACAAUUAGAUCAAGAUGAGGAGAUAAAGGUCAGAAUAGAAAUAGCUCGAAAAGGAUUUAUAAAAUUCAAGUCAAUGUUUACAAAUAAGAAUUUGAGUAUAGACAUUAAAAUUGAGGUUCGUCGAAUGUUAUGUUUGGUCGCAACUACUAUAUGGGGUAGAAGCUUGGACUCUAAAAGCACAAUCCGUUGAAAAUUGGAGGCAUUCGAAAUGUGGCUAUGUAGGCGUAUUCUGAAAAUUCCUUGUACUGCAAAAGUCUCAAACGAAGAAGUCAAGAACUCAAGAAUUGGACAUAGCAGGAAGCUUAUGAACACAAUUAAAAUCAGAAAAACAUCGCAUCUGGGCCACAUACUUCGUAACGAUAAAUACUCUCUGCUACACGCCAUCAUGCAAGGAAGAGUAAAGGGAAGAAAAGGCUUGAGAAGAAAGAAGAAAUCUUGGCUGAGGAAUAUCAGAGAUUGGACUAACCUCAGUGUUGAACAAAUAUUUCACGUUGCAAAAGACAGAGAAGCGGUAAAAAAAGUGAUCGCCAACCUUCGUAAGAAGACGGCAUAAGAAGAAGAAGAAGAAGAAGAAGAAGAAGAAGAAGAAGAAUAAAAAGAAGAAAAAGAAGAAGAAGAAGAAGAAGAAGAAGAAGAUUAUAAAACAGGUAGAUCCCUUGUAUAUGAUAUUUUACACCUCGAAUAUAGCACCCUGCUCAGAUGAAUAUUAAUGAGCCUCUUAGAAAAUUCAUAGUGCUACAAGUAUUGGGUAUAUUCCAUGUCAAAUCACGCAGGCAAAAAAUUUUGGAUCUCCGAUUUGUCUGAAAAUUGGUAUAUAGCUUCUGCGGGACGUAAAAAUAUGAUAUUUAAGGUCAAAAAAUCUACUUC